UCUGUGGCUGUCAAUGUGUCACUUUAUUUCAUUGUUGCGAUAUAUUUGCUGACGGGGAGCUGUAUGUGGUUAUGUAGUGUUUUUACCUGGAGACCGUAAUUAUUUUCAUGAUUACACGGAGAUAAUUACUGCGAUAAGUGCAACAAAAGGUGGUUUAUUCCAAUAGCUUAAUGUGCCCGUGAACAAUCUCAGUGCUAGUGAGUAACUGGCGGCCAACGAAAUGGGGCAAAGUCCGAGCUCCGUGUUGGGCAAGAGCGGCCGGAGGAGCUCGUUCCGGAGGUUCGUGCGGCGGAGUAAACUGAACAAGUCGAAUUUGAGUCACACGUUCAGUUUGCCGCCUUCUGAAGACUAUCCGGAGCUGAUGAACGUGAACACGGCGACGGAGGAGCAGCUGAUGACGUUGCCGGGGGUGAACAGGCAGUUAGCGCGCGAAAUAGUGCGGCAUAGACAAAUGAUAGGAAGGUUUAAGCGAGUGGACGACCUCGCACUUGUCUCAGGUAUAGGAGCUGAAAAGCUAGAAUUACUCAGGCCAGAAAUAUGCACAAAUAUAAGGAAACAAAUAUCAAGAGCAAGUUCACGGACACAAUCGUUAGACAGUGUGCGGAUACAGUCGGAAAGUAAACUGUGCUCGGUAAACUCCUCGAGUGUGUUCCAAUUACAAUGUGUACCGGGCCUUAACCAAGAAAUAGCCGCAAACAUCGUAGAUUACCGAAACAAAAAAGGUCCGUUCAAAUCUUUAGAUGAUUUAAUCAAAGUACGUGGUAUGGACAUUGUUAGGUUAAGUACAGUUAAGCACCACUUAAGUUUGGAACCAAGAAAGUGUGAGAGUGUACAGCAUUUAACGAAUGGACACGUGAACGGGUGGAACAAUGUUGAGAGUAUGCCAAAUGGGGUCUCAAGUACACCUAAGACACCGCAUAGAAAGAGUUUGUCAAUGCCAACAAAUGCCAAGUUUCCUAUAACAUUGCCAAAUGGGUUUGCCACUGUCCCAGUGAAUGAUAUCCUGGAUUUACUAUCAGCAUACUCGCAUAGGCCUAUAGUUGAAGAAGUGUUCAAUUACGAGCGAGAUGGAGUGAGAUGUGGCCGUAUUGCCUCGUGGAACCUUCAUCAGCUCAGUGUGGAGAAGAUCACAAACCCUGGAGUCAGAGAGGUCGUUUGCAGGACUAUUUUGGAAAAUAAGUUAUCACUAAUAGCCGUGCAAGAUGUGUUAGAGGAGGCUGCGUUGAAGAUCAUUUGUGACGAACUAAACUCGCCGGUACUGAGGAGAGUGAGAGAGUGGAGGAGUAACAGUCAACGGUGGGAGUACUGCAUAUCCGAACGAAUAGAAAGCCGCCAACUAGGCUUCAUAUACGACGCGGUGACGCGCGGCAUCACGGUGGAAGACAUAGACCUGGACCAGGUCUGUCUUCUGACAGAGGCGGCCGAUGCUCGGCGUCUCGUCAGCGAACUGACGGCGUUGCGAAGCGAACGGUACAUUGCGGCGCCACAAGCGUUCCUGCUAUGUAGUCGACCUGUCAUCGUGGUGAACAUACACGUCAAGGAGAAGCUGGACGCCAGUGACGUCGACAGCCUCAGGAGUAUAGCGGACCUGGCGGUGGCCAGCGGCACCCAGCUCGUGUUUAUAGGAGAGUUUCGGACCAGGAGUAAUGUGCAGACUUUCAAGACCUGCCAAUCCGUGCUGAACGAAGACAUAAUUACCACAGUGGACGUCAAAGCUACAGGCCAGAGCAGCAUCCUAUGUCCUGGCAUGCUGGACAGCACCAAUUUCAACGGACACUCCGGUGCCAUCAAGACAGGAUUGAGCCAUCUAGCCAUACCCCGAGGUUGGUCCUGGGGCGGCCCCGCGUCCCCAUUCUGCCCAAUCUGGGCCGAAAUCAAGGUCCCAGAUUGACAAAAAUAUAUUUUAAACCAUGGCAUUAACGAAAAUCUAGCUAAUUUUAUACCAUCAGCUAUUCUACUCUAUAAACAAAGCCUUUUCGUGGCGUUAUUACAAUUCUAUUUUAAUUGACGUUUGACGGCCAUUUUGAAACGUCAAUCUUGGCGCCAAUUAUUCUGUCAAUUUUCUGGUGUCAAAAUGUAUUUGCUAUGUAUCCUAUUUAUUGUUUUAAGUGUUAGAUUUUUUAGUAUUACGUGAUAACCCGAUCUUCUGGGUUUCAGAGUGUGUUUAUUCAGUAUCUAUUUAUUUUAAUUGAGUGAAGGUAAAACAAAGUGGCGGUUGAGCAGAUCGGGUUCUAAUUUAUUUAUGUAAACGAAUUUUUAAUCAAGACUUGCUGUGUUUAAAGUAUACCUAUUGCAAUAAAUAGCUACCUUAAUGUGUGUACAUUUAGUAAUGUAGGACCAAAAUAAUGUAGUCCAAUUUUCUUACAUUGCCCAACCAAAGCAUUGCCCGGGCAAUGGAACUUCUAUCAGCAACUUAUUUAAAAUAUCAUAUUUUAUUGAAUUACCACAAUUUAGCAAAUUAUGUUAAAUAAAUGAAUUUGUAAUAUAUAUUUAUGUAAAUAAACGUAGUCUUUGCGGGGCAUAGACUGAAAGUGUGCUUUUUAAUAUUAAGUAGGUAGGAUUAAUAGGCGUUUUUUUUUUAAAUUUUCAUUUUGCAGAAUUUGGGUAGUAUUUCUUUGCAUUCCUUUCUCUAUAACGCAGUAAUAGUUAAAGAUAGUAAUCUUUUGAAAUGGUCACAGAAAUGGUGCUUUGUUUCCAAACAAUUUUAGGCCAAUUUACUUGGUCACAACGGUGCCCUUUGCUAGUUCAUAAUGUAGCCAAAAGUACUGAUUGUUCAAUAUUAGGCUGAAUAUCUAUUAUAUGAUUUAAAUAUCAUCUCCGGUCGUGUCGGAUUGCCGUCCCAUCGGGCUAUGAGAGUGAAGGAAUAGGGAGUGCACCUGUGUGUACUAUAAUAUGUCCUGCGCAGCUGGCUGAUCUCUUUGUAAGAGAACAGCCACCGUGGCCGAAAUCGGCUUUGGAUGAAGUAGUUUAAAUUGACAUCUGUAUAUUGUAAGUAAAAUUAUGUCAAACUAGGUAAAAGUUUAAAAUAUUGAACAAUCAGGUCAUAGUUAACUAUUCUUGUUUUUACUUUUGUUAUUACUCACACUUAUUUAAUGGUAAUAGAUUAUUUGCAUUUGGUAUAUAAACAUAAACGGUUUUUUUUAGUAAAUUAUUAUUUUGCACCCAAUUUUUUUAAUUAAAAUUUUCACAAUGCAAUAUCUUAGAAAUAUGGCCAUUGACUAAUAAAUGUGACUAAAAUUGUGAAUGUUUUGGCCUUCAAUACUAAUAAAUAUACCUAAUCUAAGAUAAAUAAAUAAAAAAAUCUACUUAAUAUUUUUGUAUUAUGUGAUUUUGAUCUCGUAUAGUAAGAUGAAAGUUAUUGUCCGUAGAUUCUUUGUUUUUCAAAAUUCAUUUGUCUGCUGCAAUCUACUAAACAGCUGUACCAUUUUCGCAACUAAAACAAAAUAAAUCAUGUAUUCUUUGUCUUAUACUAAAAAUAGUUAUCAGUAUCAAUACUAUUUUUGAAGUCAUAUAAUAGAAAUUUCUUCAAAUAUAAUAACUAAUAAUGAUAUUUGUAUAUUUUAUUUAUGUUUUGUUGGGUAUUUAAGGGGUCCAUUAAACAGAUGUUACUGUAACCAGAGAUUCCACGUUGUCUAUGGUUUAUCAAUUUUGUGAUAAUAAAAUAAUAUAUUAUUUUGUGGUAUUAUCUGAAUAGUUUGAAAUGUUUAUUACAUGGUGUAAAUUAUUGAUGAAUUUUAAAAUAAAUUAUUUAAAUUAUGA